AGCUAGUUACUCUAAGAAUAUAAACUUGUUAGAGUAUUUUUUAAAAAAUCAAGCACAUGGGUGUUGAUGCUGAACUUGCGAUCCCGGUCAUCGAGUUUCGGACCGGUUCGCGGGAUUUGGAGCGAGGGACUGAAGGAUGGCACCAUUUGUGCAAGAGGGUUCGAGAGGCUUGCGAGACCUACGGUUGUUUCGAGGUGGUGUACGAAAAGAUAUCGAGAGAAGUCCGAGAGGAGACGUUUGAGUUGUUGAAUGAACUGGUUGAGGUCCCGUUAGAGAGGAAACAAUUGAACGUUAAUCCCAAGCCUUACCAUAGCUAUUUUGGACCAUGUAGCCAAGCUUCUUUGUAUGAGGGCUUCGGCAUUGAAGAUGCCUCCAACUACGACUCUGUUAACAAUUUUGCUCAACUUAUGUGGCCGGAUGGUCAUCCUCGAUUUAGCCAAACCAUUAACACCAUGGUGAAGCAAAUGGAGGAGCUAAAUAAUAUAAUCUGGUUAAUGAUUAUCGAAAGCUAUGGAUUAGGAGAGAAAUGGGAGUCAUUGAUGAUGAGAUACAACAUGUUAUUGCGGAUGAUGAAAUACAUGGCCCCAUCAUUAGGUGAAUAUAAGAGAGGAUUGCUUGCUCAUACUGAUAAACCAGCCAGCACAAUCAUUUGUGAUGAUCAAAUUUCAGGACUAGAAAUUGAGGUGAAGGACGAUGAAUGGAUCAAGUUGUCUACAUCACCUAAUUCUUUUGUUUUUUUGGUUGGAGAUCCUCUCAUGGCAUGGAGUAAUGGAAGAAUGAAAGCAGCGAAGCACAGGGUAAUGAUGAGCGGAGUCAAAGAUCGAUACUCUAUAGCAGCCUUCACAAUUCCAGUUGAGGGUACCAUAAUCAGAGCACCUAAAGAGCUUAUAGAUGAUCAACAUCCUCAGCUUUUCAAAGACUUUGACUUCAUGGACUUCCUCUUUUUUUCCUUUUCCGAGCAAGUAAAGCUCAUCGACUCCCCUGACCAGAUCUACGCAUUUGCUUCUCUCUCACUGCCAAUUUCCGAUCAAAAGCAUGGAAGUUAAAAAUCUCGAUUUUGAUUUUAAAAUUAGUGUUGUGGAUUGCAUCUUUAUCUCAUAAUCCGUGUUUUAAUAUCGUAUUUGUAUGUUUUAAUUUGUCGUAACUGUGUUUAAGGUAUUAUUUGUUGUAACUUGAAAGCACCUCGCCAAUCAUAUUUGUAUGUGAUUUUUUUUUAUAUCACUAGGAAUUUAAGAUUUCUUAAGCCAAA